UACUUAUCGGUGUCGUUAUCGCGCUGAACAAUGUAAAUAAACGUAGAUAAAUGUAGAUAACAUAAGCGGAUAAUUAAGUGUCCUCCUACAGGCGAUAGAAUUUCAUACGUUUGCCGUUCGUCCGUCCGUAUUCGUAACAGACGCGAGCGCCGGACUCUGUUCGCUCAUAUUCACCAAAAAUGGUCCCAUCAAUGGAACGUCGGUACGUGCAAGGAUACGAGAAGUUUCUUGAGGUUACAAACUUAGGAAGUAUUCAAGAACAUCCGGAUUACGUUCUGUUCACCGGUACAAAGCUGCCGGACACCGGCAAGAGUUGGUGCUCGGAUUGCGUAGAAGCUGAACCAUUUAUUGAAGCUGGUUUCGCAGAUGCUCCUCAGGAUACAGUAUUACUAAUAGUAGAGGUCGGGGACAGAGCGUUCUGGAAAGAUCCAAAUUGUCCAUUUAGGACAGACCGUUGUACCAGGUUGAAGGUCUUGCCGACUUUAGUUAAAUGGAGGACUGAGAAACGUUUAGAGGGAUCCAUUUUAUUACAUAAUUGGUGUCUCUGAUGCUGGUGGUAACAUACGUACGGAAUAAUGAACCUUCUUAU